AUGAACUAUAUGCCCGGCACCGCCAGCCUCAUCGAAGACAUCGACAAAAAGCACUUGGUCUUGCUUCGAGAUGGAAGGACACUUAUAGGCUUUUUAAGAAGCAUUGAUCAAUUUGCUAACUUAGUGCUACAUCAGACUGUGGAGCGUAUUCAUGUGGGCAAAAAAUACGGUGAUAUUCCUCGAGGGAUAUUUGUGGUCAGAGGAGAAAAUGUGGUCCUACUAGGAGAAAUAGACUUGGAAAAGGAAAGCGACACACCCCUCCAGCAAGUGUCCAUUGAAGAAAUCCUGGAAGAACAAAGGGUGGAACAACAGACCAAGCUUGAAGCAGAGAAGCUAAAAGUCCAGGCUCUUAAGGAUCGAGGUCUCUCCAUUCCUCGAGCAGAUACUCUGGAUGAAUAUUAAGUCUUUUGCCCAAGAGCAGCUCAGGGUUAGGAGCUGUCACUGAAAUGAAAGUGACAUCAUGGUCACCUUUGACCAGAGACUGUAGAAUUUUGAAAAGUCAUUUUUAUUUGGAAUUCAUUCACUUAUGCAACAUGAAGGAAUCAUGUGGGGAUUUUUGUUUUGUUUUAAAUAACAUAAUCAUUGUGUAAAGAAACAGUGGCAUGGACUCCUUUCUUCAUCACUGUGGAGCCAGCAACUACUUCUUUAUAUUGCUUUCCUUAUUCCAAAUUAGACUACACAAGUGACAGUCUUCUAAAUAAAAUAUGAAUC